CCGCUCCUGUGUUCUGUCUACUGUCACCAUAGUUUUGGUUUCCACAAAACAUAUUGAGGACGCUGACCUUGUAGAUUGAUGUCGAAGUCAAGUUUUAGACUAUUGGAGCGCAACGUUUCCAUCAUCUCGAGAACAAUUCUCAGAGUAAACUGUAACGUAAAUGGCUGCUGUUGAUUCGGGAGUCGAAACAGAAAGUGAGAGCUUCAAUGAAGAUAGUAGCAACAGUUUACCAUCAACUCCCAAAGUCGAAGACGAAGGCUUACACGGAGUUAAACAGAAGGUUCAUCUGUCGAAACCGGUGGGCCAGCCGUUCAGUGUAGAACCCCCAGCAGGCCUUUCAUUUGAAAAUCUCAGACCAUGUUUAAAUUUUGGACAAGGAUACGAAGCCCAGAUGUUGGGCCAAAACUACCCCAAUCCUGUCGCUUUGCCUUCAUUCAACUGUAAAAUGAGAGCCACCCGUGGCGUCAGGGUGGUUCGUUUCUAUCAACAGAACAAUGCCAGAAGCUGGAGCAAGUGGAAACUUUACUUGGGUGAGAGAAAGCUUCGUCUUGCUGCCAACACAAAUGAUUUAGAUCGGCUAAAGUCUUUGCUGGAUUCUGGGAUAGAUCCCAAAUCUUGUGAUGAAUUUCUUCGAACUGCUUUACAUUUAGCUGCCUCCAAAGGUUAUACAGAAGUAGUAAGGUUAUUAUUACAUUAUGGUGCUGAUCCCAAUCAAAUUGAUUCACUUGGAAAUACACCUUUGCAUUUAGCUGUAUGCACAAAUCAUGUUAGCGUUGUGACACUGCUGCUCCGAUCAGGAGCCAAUUUGCGCCUUCUCGACCGAAUGGGGAGGAAUCCCUUACAAUUGGCCGAAUCGAAAUUAAAGCUUUUGCAAAAGAGGAAUAUCGGUGAAAAUUUUAUGCAAAUCCACUGUGAAGUGUUACAGGUGGUUGAAAUGUUAAAAACGUACCUCGAGAAAACCGGUCAAGACGACGAGGCCGAACUGAUGAAAUCUUUUUCGGAACGUCUAACGCUGAACAAUAACUCGGUCGGCAGUAACAACAAUAACAAUAGUAGUGACAUGGAAUCGAGUGUCAAAGAACUUCUUGCCAGCCUGACGGCGCUCAAUUUAAAGAAAGAAUCGGAUAAUUGAAACAAUGCCUUUCGGCGACAGUUAUUGUCCAGCAAUUGGUACGGUCUCCCUAGUUGUAAUCACCAAAUUCUCAUGACAAAACAAAUAUUGAUAAAAGUAUCUUAACCAUUUCCAAUAAACUUUCAAUGACGCAAUACUGAAACAAGUCCCCGUCUUUGUGACCUAAUUUUUCCCAUGAGAAUUUAUAAUUAGUUACAAAGAUCCAUGUAGUGAUGUCUAGACCAUGUCUAGAGUAAAAGAAGUGCCACUGCCUUAUGAAAGCAAAUGGCGAACGGAAGAUAAUCUCAAAUUUUUAUAUACAGAAAAAAAAGGUAAAUUAGUUUUAUCCCGCGUGAAUUUGUUUAAGCCGUCCCUGGUGAAUGAGCAAUACAUGAUUUUAACAAA